AUGCCGUCCUGUGCCGCGUGGCGCAGCACGAUCGCUGCUCCUCCGCAGCCGGUCGACCCUGCCGACGUCCUACGAGCUAUCAGGAAGGAGGAACAACCUCUGGUUCCGAACUCCGUCACUGCGGGCUUCUGCCAUCUUCCGCCGCUAAAGGCGCCAACAGGACAUGUCCACGAGUGGCACACGAAUCAACUUGUCACUCUGGUGAAAUCAGCCGCGCGGUGGUGCAGUAACUGUGGGGCGACGUCCACACCGCUGUGGCGACGCGACCAGAACGGCCAGACGCUGUGUAAUGCCUGCGGCUUAUACCAGAAGACGAACGGCCACACUAGACCUGCGGCCAAGCCCGCGCGUCGAGUGGCGAACCGCAGACACGCGGCGACUCAGUGCAGCAACUGUAGAACGACGGUAACGACCCUGUGGCGCAAGAACACAGACGGAGCAAGCGUCUGCAAUGCCUGCGGACUGUACUACAAGCUUCACGCCGUUCAUCGACCGGUGAGCAUGAUGAAAAGCCUACUCAGCACGCGUAACCGGCGCUCGAUGACGUCAUCGCAGAUGAUCAGCAGGGUGACAUGGUGACGUCAUUGCUGAUAAACAGGGUGACAUGGUGACGUCAUCGCAUAUCAUCAGGGUGAUCUGGUGACGUCAUCGCACUUUAUCCUAGUGAUAUGGUGCCGUUUUGGAAGGUCUCCAGAGUGACGUAUAACGCUAUCGCAUAUCAAUAGGUUGACAUAAUGCCGGCAGGCAGAUAUAGUGACGUCAUGAAAGGCCGGUAUACUGACAAAGUGAUGUCAGUUUAGGCUGGUGUACUGACAUAGUGACGUCAGCUUAAUUACGCUGGUUUACAGACAUAGUGAUGUCAUUGUAAGCCAGCAGACGAAGAGUGAGGCCCGACGCUUGUCAUUAGUAUGACAUCAUCCUGACAUCAUCCAUGCGUCCUCCGUACUGCAUUCGUCCGUCAGUGUACUGACGUCGGCUAACAUACCAUUAGUUACCCACGCACUAAGUUCUUGUAUGAGCGUGCGUGCGUGCGCAAAUUCGUUCGUGCGCAAGUUCGUUCGUACGUGCGUGUGUAUGUGUGUGUGUGCGUGUGUGUGCGUGCGCAAGUUCGUUCCUUUGCGUGUGUGUGAGCGUGUGUCCGUGUGUUUGUAUUUUAUAAGUACGUGUCUGUCGAUUUUAAAAUAAAUUUGAUACUU